AUGCCAGGAAAUCAAAUUGCAUUUUCAAAAGGCAUAUUCAGCAAUCCCCGAGCUACACUCAACGAACUCGCAUCAAAGGUUCCAGAGAAGAUAUUUGACAUACAUUUCAAACAAACCAUUGUCGCACCUAAAGGUAGCAAGAAAAAACCCAUACAAAAUGACUGGAUAUGUACAUACACAUUUAUUUGGCCUGAAAAGAUGAAAUUUGAAAGUGCAGCGAUAUCAAAACGACAGGCAGCUGAAAAAUCUGCCACACAAGCAUUACAUUGGCUAUAUAAUAAUAAACAUAUAGAUAUUAACGGUAAACCUAUUUACAACGAGAAUGUACUCAAAGAAUUACAGAGCACAUUAAAUAAUCCGUUAAGGACAUCAAUUAGUGAGAAUUCAUUACAACGAAUUACAAGGAUAUGGGAAGAUUAUGAACGAGAUAUAAAGCAUAUAUAUGAGAGAACAUUUGAUGAAGCUAAACAAGCUUUGAAUAUUACUACGGUUCACAAAGACUCAACUUUAGACGAGACAGAUACAAAACCAAAUAUACAUCCAGUUUUCGGCAAACCGGUGAAGCCCACGGCACAAGCAUUAGCAAGACGCGAGCGAACAUUGAAACAAACAUUCAAGAAUUACGACGAACAAUUAACAGCAUUACCUAUAGACGAAUAUUCCAACGAUAUAACAUCAGCGUUGGAUAAUAGUCGUGUGUUAGUAAUAAUCGGCGCUGCUGGUUGUGGAAAAUCGACUAGAGCCCCGGUCGCAGUGUUAAGACAGCUCUGCGACAAAAUGAACGCAAUCGUGUCGCAGCCGCGACGUGUCGCAGCUAUCGGGCUUGCGCAACGCGUGGCUGAUGAAUUAGGAGAAAAGGUAGGUGAAACUGUUGGUUAUCAAGUCCGUCUGCAGUCCGUGCCGCCGAGACCUCCCGGGGGCGCCAUCUUGUAUUGUACUUCCGGUGUUUUAUUAAAGAGAUUGCAGAUGAAUCCAGGCCUAGAAGGCUGUACCCACGUUUUCAUAGACGAAGCUCACGAAAGAGAUGUUAAUACAGAUAUAACGCUAUUAUUACUACGACGGGCUUUGGAUAUUAAUCGUCAAUUGAAAGUGAUUGUUAUGAGCGCUACACUAGACACGGGAGUCUUUACUAGAUACUUUGACGAUUGUCCGGUUAUUCAAGUCCCUGGUAGAACAUUUCCGGUUGAAGUUUCUCAUUUACAGGAUAUAGAGAAAAGAUUCAAUAUAAGACUACCCUCGAGUUUAGAGAAUUGCAAAAGAGUUGGAAAACCACAGAUUAAUGGUCAAGAAAUAGUCCAAGUCAUUAAAUCCAUAGACAAAACAUGUCCAGAGGGUGCCAUUUUAGUUUUCCUUCCCGGCUGGGCCGAAAUAAAGCAAACUCAACAGCUGUUAGAGGAACGAUACAAGGAUUCGCCUGUACAUAUGAUAUUACCGGUACAUUCAAGACUAUCAACAACAGAACAAACAAAGAUAUUCUCAAAGUGUCUCGGCAUAAGAAAAAUAGUACUAGCGACUAAUAUAGCAGAGACAUCUAUAACUAUACCUGACGUGAUACAUGUUAUAGAUAGCGGGAUACACAGAGAGAAUAGAUUACGAGAUACUACUAAUAUCAGUAGCUUGGAAACAGUUUGGGCGUCUAAAGCUAGUUGCACACAGAGAGCGGGGCGAGCUGGGCGCGUUAGACCUGGUCACUGUUACAAAAUGUAUACCAAAGAAAAGGAAGAAGAAUUCCAAGAUCACACUACUCCGGAGAUAUUGAGAGUCCCCUUAGAACAAACUGUAUUGGAUUGUAAAACCUACGCACCAGAUGAUAGAGUCGAAAACUUCUUAUCACAACUCCCGGAGCCGCCGAGCGAUAAGGCGGUUCAAGUUGCGGUCAAUGACCUCGUGGAUUUGGGUGCCCUCACCUACACUCAAAAGCUAACUCGCCUAGGCUCUAUACUAUCGCGGGUAAGCGUACACCCGCGUUUAUGUUUGAGCAUUUUAAACGCGGCGAUUAUUGGGAACAUACAGGCGGGCGUUCGAACCGCGCUUAUUACUGAACAAGAAUUCUUUGAAGACUCCGGAGAUAGAAGGAACGUUAUCCGUGAAAUUAAAAGAAAUUUCAACAAAACAUCGGAUUAUUCGGCUCUCUAUCACAUAAUGGAAGAAUAUGAAAUGUCUCAAAACAAAGAAGAAUUCUGUAACAAAUACGGUCUAAGAAGGAACAGUCUGAAUUAUAUUAAAGCGUUAACAAAUCAGUAUUUGCAUCAGAUAUUAAGCACCGGUAUUAUAGAGGCGAAUGUCGAUGGUUCGGAUAUAAAUCGGUUUUCGGACAUAGACGAACUUACAUCCGCCAUAUUGCUGUCAGGAUCAAAUAAAUUACUUGUAACAAGAAAACAUAUAAAAACAAAGGGAAAGUUGGCGGCUGUGUUUAGUUUAUUUACUAGCAAAGGUGAAAGAGCACACAUAUCAAGUGAUAGUGUUAAUCACGGAAUCACCAAAAAUAAUACAUCACAAUUACUGACAUACUUCGGAGGACAUCACUCUAUAGAGAGAAGAGCAUUGGUUGUGUAUAAAAGUACUGUUGUAACACCUAUUACCGUGGUAUUGUUUGCUAUGGGAAAUGUUAAUAAAGUGGAGAUCGACAAUGACGUUACAGAAUUAAAUAUACCAAGACAUAAACUGAAAAUCGAAGUGCCUACAAGGCAAGUGGACGCCAUCUUGAAAGCGCGGGAAAUGUUGUGGAAAACAUUUCAAUAUUAUAUAGAGAGAGAUCUUAAUACAAGCAACUUUGACGAUUUAACAGAAAUAUCAAGAUUCAAAAUAAGGCUCGUGAAAUAUAUCGGAAGGAUAUUAGUCGAAGCAAAUGAUGGUUUGGAGAAAGAUUCUUUAAAUAAAUAA